AUGGCAGCCAAUGCGGGCACAACCUCUCGUGCGUUCAACGAGCUCUGCAAUGUUUGCAAGGAAAUCAUGCACGCCAUUCGUGUAGAAGGUCAACAUGGGAACCUAAUCCAUCAACAUUCAUUGCUCUCACUUUCUCAAUCAGUCGAUCUGGCUUGUGGAAUCUGCACUGUGCUCCUGGAGCAUGUAAAAUGGGAAUAUCUGCAGGGCUACGCUCUAGAGAGAGAAACGGAAUUGCUGGAGGAGUUUUUCCCCAUCUUGUGCUCCUCUGAUACAUCAUGUGUCGCGUGGCAGAGCUCGUUCGAGCUUACCUUGACAUCAGAAGCGGUGGAAGAUUUGAACCUCACAUUUACUCUGGACGCAGUUCAAGACAGCAGCGACGAGGAAAAUGACUACAAGCCUGCUUCAACGACUGAUUCCGAUCCAGCCCAUGAGCUGGUCGUCUCUUGGUUAGAGCAAUGCGUCAAAGGGCAUGCACGUUGCAAUCAUCGUCGACCAAAUAAAUGGUUCCCCACGCGGGUGCUCGACAUCGGAGACUCCGAAGACGAUAUUAUACGUCUGAUCAACGACCGCGAUGCUCUCCCCAAUGAGCCAUACGCCACCCUUUCCCAUUGCUGGGGAAUGUAUCCAACGCCCAAAACGUUGCAGGAGAACUACAAGGCGCGCUGUGCGAAAAUCCACCCUGAUGAGCUUACCAAAACCUUCAUGGAUGCAAUUCAAAUCAUACGCUCGUUAGGACUACGUUAUAUAUGGAUUGAUAGUCUCUGCAUCGUGCAAGACAGCCCGGACGAUUGGGGUAAUGAGGCGGCUAGAAUGAGUAAUGUGUACCGAUAUGGCUACAUCAACAUCGCAGCCACUGGUGCUACAAACGGCAGUGAAGGGUGCCAUUGGGACAGAAGCCCAGACGACAUACGACCUACCAUCUUCGCCGUCGCAUGGAGCCACUUGGAAAACGGACAGAGCUGGCGAUACCAAGUCGUGCCUGACCCCGACUUUUGGGCACGGAAAUUAUUAAACGAGCCCCUCAAUCAGAGAGGUUGGAUUCUACAAGAGCGAAUUCUCGCUCCUCGUGUCAUACACUUUGGUCGUGCACAGCUCUUCUGGGAAUGCAGAGAGACGAUAGCAUGCGAGACGUAUUGGAAAGGUUUACCGCCGAGUCUUCGACAAAACACCUUUGUCGACGUAAAGACACUGGAUCUCGGCGACGCACCGCAGGAUGAGCGGUGGCCCAGUCGAUAUACCUCUGAUUUGGAGAUGCCACAGACGAUGAUGCACCGAUUAUGGGACAUGGUGUUGCGCUACGCACGGCCAGUCAAACUCCAAGAAGUAAACUUCUACGCAGCAUUGAAUGACGCAUCAGUCUACCGAGACUGGACCACAAUAGCCGAGUUGUACUCCCUUGGGCUUUUAACCAUGAAGCAGGACAAACUCGUUGCCCUGUCCGGUAUCGCAAGUGUCAUUGUACUCGACAAAGGCAGAGACACACACGACGGAUAUCUGGCCGGCCUAUGGCAUUCAUCCCUACCCCUUCAUCUCCUCUGGAUCACAGAAGUCUACACUAGAAAUAGAUCGGCCGGGCCAGAGACAUGCACGCCGAUUGCCUACCUAGACCACCAACCCGGCCAAUACAUUGCCCCAUCGUGGUCGUGGGCUUCAAUCGAGGGCAAGAUUUCCUUUGCAUGGUGCCACAACAAUUACAACACAAAAGAGCGCCUAGCCACACUCGAAGACGCAAGAGUAGUCUGGGCAAGAGAAGGAGCCAGAUUCGGCAGUGUUGAAUUCGGAGAAGUGAGCGUAUCCGCUCCCGUCGCAUCAGUGCUGUGGGAAGACGCUGCAGGUAAUCCAGGCACAACAGCACCCAUGUCUGGCACCAUAACCCAUGUUUUCCCAAUAGACCACAAUCACCAAAUGGCCGUGGCAGUCCCGCCAGAUGCUGCCGACCAAGCCGAAAUCCGUUUCGACACCGUUCUGCAGAGCCGUCCUAGCGAACUCGUGCUGGUGCCUGUUAUUGGGACGGCGAAGAAGUUGGCGCAUGAGCGGGAGCUGGUGUUGGGUCUUGUGCUCCAUCGGCUGGAGGGGUCGACGCAGUUUAGGCGGUUGGGAGUGUUUCAUACGACGAGGCUGCGUAUUAAUAGGAUUCUUAGGAAGUUGCCUCGACGGACUGUGACUAUAGUGUAA